UUUAUAUAAUAAAAAUGGAUUGUCUAAAGGAUCCUGUUAAUGAUAGAUAAGUAAAAACACUCAAACCACCUCCUCAUCGUCCUCUUGCAAAAAAUCUAAUGUUUCCAGAUAAAUUAAAGAGUAUGAUAGAUAAAUUCACAAAAAAUUAGAUAAACCUGAUUGGAAAUUGUUAAAAGAUCAUCUUUAAAAAGAGGGUAGAAUAGCUAAAGAGGAAUUAUUUAAAUUAGUAGCAGAUUGCAAUAAAUUAUUGAGUAAACUAACAAUUAAUUUAAUUAUUAGAAAACGAAGGAAAUGUACUUUAUUUGUAAGAUCCACUUACUGUUGUAGGUGAUAUUCAUGGGUAUUUAACUAAUUAAAUUAAGACAAUAUUAUGAUUUACUUAAAUUACUUGAACCAAAGGUUGGAGGAAAUCCUGAAACAACAAAGUAAAAGGAUAUUGUCAAUAAUUUAGAUAUUUAUUUCUCGGAGAUUUUGUUGAUAGAGGAUCUUAUUCAAUUGAAGUAGUGAUAUUACUUUAUGCAAUAAAAAUAAAUUAUCCAAAUACAGUAUAUUUUUUACGUGGGAAUCAUGAAUGUAGAUAACUAACAGCAUUUUUUAAUUUUAAGGAUGAAUGUUAAUAAAUGAUUAAUUUUUAGGUUUGUAUAAAUAUGAUUAAGAAACUUAUGAUAUGUUAAUGGAUUCAUUUGAUUUGUUUCCAUUAUCAUGCAUAAUUAAUUCUAAAUUUAUAGCUGUUCAUGGUGGUAUAUCACCUGAUUUAAAAUCUGUAACUUAUAUAAUGAAUAUUAAAGAUAGAAGAUUUAAAAAAAUUGGAUAGAUAUCAUGAACCUCCUAGAAGUGGAUUAUUUUGUGAUAUUUUAUGGAGUGAUCCUGUAGAUUAAGAUUAAGGAAAUUUGGAUGUAUAAUGGAAAGGUAAUGAAGUUAGAGGAUGCAGUUGGUUUUUUGGGAAUGAAGCUAGUAAUAAAUUUCUAUAAAAAAACAAUCUAAUUAGUAUUAUAAGAGCACAUGAGGUUGUAUAUAAUAUAAUAUAUAUAGGCUCAACUUGAUGGUUAUAAAAUGCAUAGAUGGAAUGGAGGUCAAGAUUUUCCAGUUGUAAUCACAAUAUUUAGUGCUCCAAAUUAUUGUGAUGUUUAUAAUAAUAGAGGAGCUGUGAUUAAAUUUGAAGUAAUUCUCCUUUAAUUAAUCUUUAACGUAGAAUAAUACUUUGAAUAUUCAACAAUUUUAGUAUACUCCUCAUCCUUAUUUGUUACCUAAUUUUAUGGAUAUCUUUACAUGGUCCAUUCCAUUUGUAGCAGAAAAAAUUACAGAAAUGUUAUAUAAUUUAAUUUAAGCAGGAGAUUAAGGUGAUGAUGAUGAUGAUGUAAAUUAAGAAGAUAUUGAACAAUUUAAAAUCUUAACAUAAUAAAAUAAACAAUUUAACAAAUAAUAAUCUACAGGUAGUACUGGCAAAAGUAUAUCUAUAAUUAAUAUAAGGUACUGAAAAAUUAAAAAACAAAUUAAAGUUUGUUGCUACUAUGAUGAAGAUGUAAAAAACACUUAGAGAAUAAAGUGAAAGUAUUAUGAAAUUAAAAGGCGCAUGUCCUGAUAAAAGAUUACCAAAAGGAAUAUUAUCAGCUGGUAAAACAGCUAUUACUGAUGGUAUUCUAUUUCUUAUACUAACAAUCUUUAAGCACUCGCUGAUUUCAAUUUCGCAAAAACUGCUGACAUAGUUAAUGAAAAAAUGCCCUCAUAAGCUUAAAUACCUCAAUAAUCUGUGUCAAUUAAGAAACCGAGUAAUACUGUCUAAAACAAAAAGAAAUGAG